AUGGUGCGGCAGGUGGAGUUUCACCCUGUCCUCCCCUGGAUUGUGUCGGCAACGAAGAGCGAUAAUGUGUCCGUCUGGGACUGGCGCACCAGACAGGUGGUGUGGGAGGCCCAGUUGGGAAGCGGCACAGAUGGCGACCUGUGUGCGGAAGCGGAGCUGGCCUGCGUCCACGUCCGCGACCCCGCCUUCACCCCCAACCCCUCCCUGAUGCACCCCAUACCCAGCGGACCUAAGAAGGAGCCCACCGGACAUGUGCGCGAUGUGCGCUUCCUGGACUGCGAUGUGGCUCAGGUCCAGUUGACGUGGCAGCACACGUCGUCAUCAGGGUGCGGCACCCCGGGCCCCCGGGCUGAGGAGAUAAGGGCGCUCCGGGGACAAAGGCUUCUUGUAAUCGCCUGCGAGAAUAAAGUGAUUGUGGUAGACCUGGCCAGCCGCCGCGUGUUGGAGCUGGGUAAGGGCGUCUUUGAGGGCAAGACUCCCACCUCUCUGGCCUUCCUCUUCCGGGCCGGUCGAGCGGCCUCGGGGCACGCAGGGUUCACCUACGGCGGCGGCACUUCCGGUGGUGGUGGCGGUAGCAUGGGCUUGUUGGAGAGCCCGGUGCUGGCUGUGGGCUGUUCCGAUGGCAUCGUGCGGUGCGUGCAGCUGUUUCCGAUAAAGCAGCCCGUCGCUCGCCUGAUCUCCGCCCAUAAGACCGCCGUGGUGGCGAUGGCGGUGCUGGGAAUGCUCGGCCAGCGUCACGAGACCCUGGCGGUGGGCCAUGCGGGGGGCAGGGUGGUGCUAUUCGAGCCGCUGUCGGGAACCCGAGCAGGCGGCAGCAGCGGAGGGGGAGCUGGUCUCGGAGCUGCCGGAGGCGGCGGCGCCGCGACCAGCUCGCCUGGCAGCGGCGGCGGCGCCUCUGCCUCCAUGGCGGAUGGCGUGUCCCCUCGGGCCGAGUACCGGGCACAUGAGCGGGAAAUGUUGCCUGGCUCGCUGGUGUUGGUGCCGGUGAAUGAGGACCCGGAGGAUAGACACUUUCGGCUGUUUUCGGCAGGCAGCGACAACCGGGUCUGUGGACUGGACCUUGCGGUGCUGAGGUCCGCCUCCCCCUCCUCCCCCUCCCUGGAGCUCGUCCGCACCAAGGUGGAGGGCGCGGCGCUCACCUGCCUGGCCCACUGGCCCCGCGGCUUCACCUCCAACGGCGUGUAUAGCCUGCUGAUGGGCACGGAGGGCGGCAGCCUGCUGCUGGCACACCCGGGAGGCGGAGAGCCGCGUCGGGCAGUGGACCUGGCUGGGCUCAUACCCGCAGGUACGGUCCUGUGUGUCACGGCGGCGACGCUGCCCAACCACGACUUGGUGGACUUCACACCCAACCAAGUCAUGGGCAAACUACAGGUGGCCAGUGGCACCCCGGUCAGUCGGCCCCUUGUGACAGUGAGUCACGACGGGGGCUAUGUGGCGGUAGCAUGGCCCGGAGCCCGCAAGUACGCCGUCUACCAGCAGGGGGCGUCAGCCUGGAAGGAGGUGGCACAGGGCACAGGUUCCUCAGUCGCCUGGCACAGCGGCCGUGACGUGUUCGCCGCGCUGGAGGAAACCCUGCCCGCGGCACUGUCCGCGGCAGCAGCGGGGGCGGCGGUGUCGCCGGGCAAACACCACAAGGACCCACGUAAGGCGGAGAAGCAGGCGGCGGCGGCGGCCGCUGCAGCGGAAGCCGCCGCCAGGGCCGCCGCAGACAGCGCUGCCGUACGCGUCAAGGAGUUCUAUGGCGGCGGCACCCCUAUGGGCAUGGGCGUGUCGCUGGACUUGCGCGGCGAUACGCCGUCUUUCGUACAGGGGGGUCCGCUGCUGGCGGUGACGGUACGGCGGGGGUUACAGUCGGAGGCUGCGGAUCUGGCGCCGGCGGGCAGCUUCACUCCCGCACUGCUGCUGUUCGACUGGUCCACGGGUCGGCGAGCGGGUCCUGAGCUCCCCGAGCCCCUGCACCUGAGCUGGGACCCCGCUCGGACCAUGUUGGCCCUGGCAUACCCCAGCCAGCUGCUGAUCAUCAGGGCUCGACCCAUCUUCCAAGUGGCAGCCUCGCUGCCCGUCUGCGGUGCCGAGUCCCUGGAGUGGUCAGCCAGACAGCUCUUCAUCGCCACGCCCUCCCACAUCCUCUGCGCCCUCGUCUCCCCCAACCCGCCGAACCUACCGCCCUCCUCACCUGCCACCGCCCUUGUGGCCGCGGCCGCCACGUCCGCUGGAGGAACGGCUGCUGCCGCCGCCGCCGCCGCCACCUCGCCAUCUGCGCGCCUCAUCACCCUCGCCGCACCCGGCGUGUCUGCCGCCAUUGCCGGCGGCGCAGGCAGCGGCGGUCUGGCUCUGGAGGGGCUUUUGCCGCCACCUGCCGUACGGCCGCCGGGUCCGCUGGUGCUGCUUGGGCCCCGGGACGGUUGUCUGUGGAUGGUUGGGGUGUUGGGUCAGCCGAUGGCUCUGGGGCUAUCGCACCCCGGGUUGAGGUGCUUCAGUAUGGUGGCGGCGGGCGACCUGCACGGCGCUGUCUCUUUGGCGUCCCGCGCCCUGGUCCCCGAGCUACACGACCAGCUGGCAGGUCUUAUGGUGGAGAUGGACGGCCUGGGGGGAGCCGCCGCCGCCGCCAACUUGCCCGGCAUCACCCUACACAUGGAGCUGCGGCUGCGGGCGGCGUUGCGCCACUGGCAGCAGGCAGUGGAAGCAGCGGAGGCGCUGCUGCUGGGUUACACCCGGCGCCCGGCGGCAGGUCUGUUCCGCAGCGUCGUGGCGGCGGCGGCGUUUGGCAGCGGCGGUGUGGGUGUGGGUGGACCGCAACUGGGCGAGGAGUUUGUGGACCUGAGCAUGGCGGAGGGCGGCGCGCCGGCACACGCCCCGGCUCAUCCCGAGGACCUGGACUGGACUCAGCCGUUGCGUGCCGCCGCCAGCAGCGCCAAGGCAGCCGCUACGGCGGUCGUGGCGGCCCGGCGGCCCGGCGGCGGUGGCAGUGGCGGCGUGGGGACCACAGGUUCUUCCCCGGGUGCCGCCCUGGUACUUGGCCUCAUGGAGGACCUGCAGCGCGCCGCACAGUACGACGUUGUACGGCAUCUCGUAAAGCCGCUGCUCGUACAUGCGGUGUACUUGGGGGGUGACCAGCUGCGAACGCUGGCGGGCAUCAUGGCGCAGGUGGGUAUGAAGACCGAUCUGCCAUCCCUGCUACACUCCGUGGCGGCGGGGGCGGACAGCAGCAACCGCGAGGCGGCCGCAUUGCUGGCAGCGAUGCUGUCCGGACACACGGCGUUGGUUCAGGACAGCCUACGGGAUGACGGCGCUCAGCCGCUGGCGGCGCUGCAGGCGCGUGUGUACGGCUUGUCGUCAACAGCGGACAGCAUGGCAGCGUGGCGGCGGCAGCUGGCGGCGGCAGCGCCGCCGGGUGCCGCUGCCGCGCUGGGCCGUCUGGAUGUAUCGGAUCCUGUGGCGGCACCGGAUAUGCAUAACACUGCGCCUCCUUCGGCCAUGGGCCACAAGCCUCCAAGGGCGGAAGGAGGCAUCAGGGAUAUCGGUAGUGCCUUCCAGUAG